AUGACUGCUGUAGUUGAGUAUCCUCAUGUCGAUAACGCUUCUGUUAUCGAACAUGCUCCUCCAGUCACCAGUCUCAAGCAGCCAAUUCACCCCGACUUCCCAAGCACUACCAAAGGGAAGAACCAGCAGGAGCAUAUUCCCCGUCCUCCCAACUCAUGGAUUCUUUACCGCCAGGCUCAUUCCCGUCGCAUCCACGAGGAGAGUCCUGGUCUGAAAGCCAAAGCGAUUGCUGCCAUGUGGCGAAACGAGUCCACCGAUGUCAAAGAUCAUUACAAAACUCUUGCCGCUACAGAGGCCCAGAAACACAAAGAGCGCUAUCCAGAUUACAAAUUCAGAGCCUCUAAACGUGGAGGUAAAGGACCUGCGGAAAGAGAAUUGCUUAGCUUUAUCGCGAGUGCGUCUCCCGAUGCCAUAUUGGCCAGCAUAUAG